GUAUGAUAGAGCUCUCUACCCGGCUUCGCGUUUACGCUGACUGAUAGGUUUUUAUCUAGGAAAUUAUACAAAAAGGAAUUUUAAAAGUAAGUAUCAAUCUAAGCAUUCGACAUUUUAUAAAAUUACGUACAAUAUAUAAUGUAAAUACAACGAAAAGUGUGUUAAAGCAGUCAAAGGGAAUAGAAAGCUUGUACUGUAACUACACCCACGUAGUGAAUAUUGGAUUAUAUAAAUAUUCCUACGUAUUUGAAUUUGUAGAGCAAUCAAACUGCAAUUUAAUAGAAUUUAAACUAAGACAUAGAAUUUAGUGCUAAACUAGAACAAAUUCAAGGAGACUAUCGAAAGAGUAAUAAGAUAGCUUUCAGCUUUUUUUGUUAGAUCUUUAUGUCUAUCACUCAUGUACAGUAUACAGUAUUAGUUGUAUCGUUAAUAUUCUCAUUUACAUGUUGUGGUCUUUCACGACAAUAGACAUGUGAAGGUAUAUUUCAUUCUGCCUGCACUCCUUUACUAUAAAAAUCUGGCCUAAUUUAUUUCUCUAAGUGGAACAGACCGACUGUGAGAAAUUUCAUUUUCUUACUUCAGACUUGUAUAUACAUAUUAUAUAUAUAUUAAUAAAUAUAAAUACAUCAAUAUUUAAUAAUACGUUCUAUUUUAUUAAUAGUUUCAAUAUAUUAUAUCAAUUCUUUCUUUCCAACAGAUUUUAGAUUCUUCUAGACUGAUUAGAAAGAAAUGAAUAUCCUUCAAAUGCAACGCCCAACCAUUCUUAAAUUUUUUAGCCAAUCUUAUUUUAACAGAAGUCUAUCGUCUCUUUCCAACAAACUGCAAGCAGCAACUACAAAACCAAAUGUUGUUAGGACAAGCCCACAUGAAGAAAAUCCACGAAUUUUGAUUACAGGUAGCCUGGGUCAACUUGGAACUGGGUUAGCAAAAGCUCUUCGACAGAAAUAUGGAUUAGAUAACGUCAUUAUGUCAGACAUUUUAAAGCCUACAAAAGACAUCUUUGAAUCUGGGCCCUAUGUUUAUGCCGAUAUUUUAGAUUUUAAAAAUCUGCAGGAACUUAUUGUUUCGCACAGGAUUGAUUGGGUGAUUCAUUUUAGCGCUUUAUUGAGUGCGGUUGGAGAGUUCAAUAUCCCUUUGGCCAUGAGAGUUAAUAUUGAAGGAUUACAUAACGUUCUUGAACUCUCUAAACAAUAUAAGCUAAAAUUAUUCGUGCCAAGUACAAUUGGGGCAUUCGGUCCUACUUCUCCACGCAAUCCAACACCAGAUCUUACUAUUCAGAGGCCCCAAACUAUUUAUGGAGUGUCCAAAGUUCACGCAGAACUUAUGGGUGAAUACUAUAGACAUAAGUUUGGACUUGAUUUCCGCUGUCUGAGAUUCCCUGGUAUUAUUUCUUCUGACACUAAUCCUGGUGGCGGCACUACAGAUUACGCAGUCGAAAUUUUCCACGAAGCUCUUCGAGUGGGUCACUAUAAAUGUUACCUGAGACCAGAUACAAGAUUACCCAUGAUGUACAUUGAAGACUGCUUAAAAUCCAUUCUGAAAAUUUUAGAAGUUCCCAAUGAACAACUAAAACUAGGAACGUACAACGUUACAGCUAUGAGCUUUACUCCUGAAGAAUUGGCUGAAGCAAUCAGAAAGCAUAUCCCUAAUUUCGAGAUUGAAUAUGAACCAGACUCGAGGCAAACUAUUGCUGAUACGUGGCCAAUGGUGUUUGAUGACUCUAAUGCAAGAAAUCACUGGGGAUGGUCUCAUGACAACAAUUUAGACGAUUUGGUUUCCAUAAUGCUCAAUGCUCUGCAACCAAUUUACGCCAAGAAUGAAUAA